AUGCAGAAAUUGCAGGAGGAAGAUUUCCCGUGCAGCACGGAGGAGCUGGAGCUCAUCUUCGAUGGGCUGGAUGCUGCCGGCACUGGGCGGUUGAGCACCGAGGAGUUCACUGCUGGGCUCUCACAGUUCCUGAGGUCCCAAAAAGCUGCCAGGGACCACCGCCGGCGGAAAACAGCAUCCCGGAGGGUCCGCUUGGUCCUCCCCAGCCCGGCGUUGGAGGGGGUGGACAGCGAGGAGCGGAGACACUUUGCCACCUUCAUGGACCAGCUGGGCACAGACAACAUCUCUUCAGAACAGGAGAUCUGGCAGCUCUGGGUGAAGCUCCGGCAGGAUGAACCCCACCUCCUGGGCAACCUGGAGGACUUUCUUGCCAAGAUGAGGCACCGAAUCCAAGAAGCCAGGAGCAAGAAGGAGGCUUUGGAGGUGACUCUGAACAAGCAUGUGGCUGAGCACGACAAGGAGGUGCAGCAGCUCUGCGAGGCCCUGGAGCAGAAGGUCCAGCAGGAGCAGCAGCGGCUGGAGCAGGAGAGCGUGGCCCGGAGCCACCAGCAUGGUGUGGAGCUGCAGCAAGCACUGGAUGCCAGCGAGAGGGAGGUGCAGCGCUUGGUCAUGGCACAGAUGGAGCUGGAGACGCGGUGCCGCAGCCUCCGCAGCAUGCAGCAAGCCACCAGAACCGAAAACAGGCAGCUGGAGGAGAGCAACCGGGUGCUGGAGGACCACCUGCAGCACCUCCACCAACAGCUCCAGCAGACCCGUGAGCGCCUGCAGACUGCAAGGGCCACGAUGGCUCGGGAGCAUGCGGAGGAGCCCAGGGACAGAGCAGUGACAGAGCCGCCUGAUGAGAUGCCCCUGUCCCCACAGAUGAGUCUGGAGAAGAGCGAGGAGUACCACUCCAAGAUGUGGAUCAGGCUGGGGUCCCAGAGCAACGAGCCCAAAGCCAAGAGCACCCACCAAGUGUAA